AUGCGUCUGGCUAUUUACAGUACCCUCUUGAGUCUAGUCACCGCGCAACAAAACAUACAGGAUCCGAUCGAAAACUUCUGCCGGCGUCACCAACAUCAGACCUGUGUUAUUGAUUCCAAGCUCUACAUCGAUGGAGGGCUUGUGUACUAUGGUGGAGGUGUCACCGAUGAGAAUAUUCCGCAGAAAAACACAUGGUUAAUAUCAGAGGAUUUGACCGAUCUCUCAACAGGUUUUCCUCCCCAGAAUAGCAACUUGACCAAGGGCUCAGAAGUCCCUUCAGUCAGCGGCGGCGUGCUAUGGCCUGAUCAGACUAACAAGCUCUUCUACCUUUUCGGUGGCGAAUACAACAAUGCCAGUGCGCAAGACUUCACUGCUCUAUGGUUCUACGACACUAUCUAUAACACAUGGAAUCGUUCACUCCCCGAUGGGUCACAGUCGCAAGUUUCAUGGCCAUCAUUCGGUGCGGGGACGGUUGAUGAUGAGGGAGUUGCAUAUUAUUAUGGCGGCUACCUGAAUAACAAGACCGUCUCUGGAUGGGAAGGUGAUGCUCUUAUGCUCAAUAGUCUUUUGUCGUACAACAUGGAUGACAAGAGAUGGUCCAAUAUUACCAGCGGUGUCCCACCACGAGCGGAAGGGACACUUCAUUACAUUCCUGCUUCGGACAGAGGGAUGCUGGUUCAUAUCGGUGGAGUCGAAAGAUUGUCAAAUGGCCACGACAGCUACGUAAAUAUGAGCCAAAUUCAUCUUCACGACAUUGCCUCCAGCACAUGGUACACACAAACCGCUACAGGAGAUAUACCUCAACCAAGGCGGGCCUUUUGUGCAGGCGUAACCUGGGCAGCAGACCAUUCCUCAUACAACAUAUACGUCUGGGGUGGCAUUGGCAGUGAUGAGACAGCACUCGGAGAUGUCUACAUACUCUCUCUACCCUCUUUCAAGUGGAUAUCGUGGUACCCUGACCCUCAGAUGUCCACAUUCCCAAACGGCAAGGGAUGGUCGUCCUGCAAUGUGAUCAGUGAAUCUCAGAUGGUCAUCAUAGGCGGGUACUACACCAACGUGUCUAAAACCGAUUGCGAUGUUUAUAAAACGGGUGGGCAGCAUGGCUUGUUGCUUGGAGAAGAAAGCACAGAACAGAACAAUCAGUGGCAUGGUCUUAUGGCCAAUAUCUCGUCUUACAGAGUUCCGAAGGUCAUUACCGCAGUUGUUGGUGGCGGAAUCAAUGGCAGUGCCACUGCAACAGCGCCGGCUGCCGGCUGGACAACAAGCGACUUGUCCAUAUACUUCAGAACAAGCUAUUCCGCCACAUCAAGGACAGCGAUGAGAUUUAUACCAGAAAGCUCGGCGGCCCCAACUUCGGGCAAUCAACACUCCGCUCGACCUAGCCAUACAAACGUCGGUGCUAUAGCAGGCGGUGUUGUUGGUGGUGUAGCAGGACUCGUCGGUGUUAUUGUCCUCGUCAUUUGUUGUCUCCGUUCUAGGCGCCGGAAGCGAAACCAAAAUUCAACACAGCCGCCUUAUCAGCAUAAUCCCAGCAUGACAGAGAAACCUGGUGUGGGUGUCUCCGUUUCUCAGGGCACUACAAUGCAUUCCCCGAGUGUACUCACGCCCACAUACUCACCUCAGGGCUCACCGAUCCCUCCAUCCGACCAUCACGUUUCAAGCACCUACUACCAAGGCUCGCCAUUGCAGAACCAGCACUCAGAGGCAGAUUGGAUCCAGCAGAGCAGGCAAGUAUACGCGAAUGGGCAAGUGCCGGUGCAGUAUGCCAAUCAACAAACGUAUUAUCCUCCCCCUCCGGAUCCUUCACAGUCUUCUAGCGGCCAUAAUCCGCCCACAACGACUGUAGAGCUGCCAGGUAUCAGAAGCCCAGCAAAUGCUGAAUUGUCAGAUAUGAGCAGCCCAGUACCAUUCCGCGGUGUUUGA